AUGGCGCCGCCUUACCUGUCUCAAACAAGGAUAUGGCAGCGCAGGUUCUUGCGAGGAGAUCGCAAUGACGACGAUUCUUCGAACGAAGAUGCCAUGAAAGGCUCAGAGAGCUUAGAGCGCUCUCAUGCAGUACCCUGGAUGGACGCGCUUGGAGGCCUCACCAGAGAGAACUGGUUGAAAUGGCUGCAUGCAGUCGGCGUGCACGACAAGAUUUUGAGCCUACAGGUCUUCAAAAUGCUCUUGUCCCUGGCACAGAGCGCAAACCUUGAGAAGGGUAGGUGGGAAGCCAGAGACAUUGAGGAGCUUUGGAAACAUCUGAAGUCCAUCGAUUCAAUUGCUUCUCCUUCCAGCGAAUAUCUCACCACAAAGACGUUUCUUGAGUUCAUGUAUAGCAACAAUCUCUUCGUUUCGGUCCCAGAUCCAGUACAUGGUCACGAGGGAUCGUUGAUGGCAAGUAACCGGGAGGCAGAAGCAUCAAACUUCUUGUUCUUAGACACGGACUCUGCCUCAAAAUCUCGAACAAUCGACAGAGUCGAUGCGGAAUGCAUUGAUACUGUUUCAAACUUGAGCGACUUCAAAAGAGACAUUGUAAGUACGAUUUCAACUCUUGACAAACCCACGAGAAAGUUCAAAACUUCAAAGAGAGCCACUCUCGACAGAGUCUCUCAAAGGAAGCCGAACGGGGUUUCUUUGAGGUCCGAUUUGGCGAACAAACGGAUAUCAGAACUUGAGGAAAAGGUCAGGGAUGCAGAAGACAAAGCUAUGGCAGCAGAAAGGCGGGAGAAACAAGCGCUGGAACUGGUGAAGGAACAUAUUCAAUUGUACACACAGGCCGAAACAGACUUGGAGUUGUUGUCAGAGAUGGUCAAGAAGAACAAGGUGCAAGGAGACAGGGGUUUAGAGCAUGCCAUGAACAUCGAAUUGGCGAAUACGAAGCGUCUACUGGAAGAAGAACGUCAGAGAAACGAUCUCUUGCAAGUGAAGCUCAGGCAGAAGGAGUUAGAGUGUAAAGAUCUCCUCAAAAAAAUCUAUGAGCUUCAAACGGAGAAAGUUUGCGAAUUGCCCAUGUCCAAGGCAGACUUGAGAUCUUCAUCCCUGGCAAACGUGUCUCAUCUCAAAAACUCUUUGCAGCCGUCCAUGAAGCCGUUGCCUCGGGAACAACACAGCGUAUGGUCACAGCGCUGGCGAUUCUAUGACUCAGACUCCGAUACCUCUGAUUCCAGCGAAGAGCCCAGCAGAGUUACGCAGGUGUCAAAACCGUCGGAGAGGAAAGAGAAGGAAGACAGGCGACCCUUCAAAGCAGGUGAAAUUCAAAAUACAACUUCACGAUUUUGA